AUGGGGGCUAUACAAAUGGGUCAAACAAAAUCCGGGCAUCAUUCUGGUCUUGACGAAAGGUUAUUGUUCACGUCAAAGGCCACCGGUCUGAUUGGGAUUUGCGACCAUCGGGCGCCGCCACAAGGAUAUCCCAUCUUCGUUCCACCCUCAUUUGCCCCGGGACAAACGAACGGUGAAGAAAUAUAUACGGUUAUAUUCUUAAGAGCGGAACGACGGGAACCAAUGCAAAGUUAUGUUCACAUGUUUUUGGAACAUCAAUUUGACUUAGGGUUCUCUUCAUUGACGCCUUCUAGGACUGAUGUUUCAUGCGUACACGGUGCUUCGUAUACGACCUUCGUCCUCGUCAGCGGUGUGAAGAAGCCUGGUCGGAAGGCAAUGAUAUCGCCAGUCCCAGUCGAUUUACACACGCAAGGCUGUAUCUUCACGACCAAAGUCAGACAUCUUCUGCUUCCUCCUUGCCUCAUUGCCAUACUUCUACUGAUCCUCAUUCUUAUACCCGUAUUAUGUGCUCGCGUUGCCGAAUACGUCAACAUCUGA